AUGGCAGCCGUGCCAUACGCUUCUGACAAGAAGGCCGAGUACCUCGACGCCGAGGUUACUGGCCACGAUGCCGCCGCCGGCGCGCUGGGCGAGGCCACGCCGUCCAAGCACUCUCUCGACGAGGACGACGACAACGCCCCCGUCGUCGGGUUCUACGACCUGCCCCUCGAGGAGCGCCGCAAGGAGCGCAAGUUCCUCUGGAAGCUCGACCUCAUCUACGUUACUGUUGCGAUGGUCGCGUUCGUCUUCAAGAUUGUCGACCAGAACAACAUCUCGAAUGCGUACGUUUCGGGCAUGAAGGAGGAGAUUGGCAUCAAGGGCAACGAGUACAACUGGUUCACGACGUACUUCAACAUCGGCUACAUCAUCGUUCUGUACCCCUCCCAGAUCGCCAUCACCCACUGGGGCGCGCACUGGUGGCUGCCGGCAUGCGAACUGAUCUGGGGCGUGCUCACCUGUGUCCUGUCGAUCGUGCAGAACUCGAAAACCGUCUUCGGCAUCCGCUUCCUCAUCGGCAUGGCAGAGGGUACCGCCUGGCCGGGCAACACGACGCUCAUUGCGCAGUGGUAUCUCCCGCACGAGGUGGCUACGAGACUCGCGCUCUUCAACCUCGCCCAGCCCAUCGGCGGCAUGAUCUCCGGCGUGAUGCAGGCAGCCCUCAGCACGCACCUGGACGGCGUGCACGGCCGCUCGGGCUGGCGCUGGGCGUUUAUUGUCAACGGCGUGUGCACGAUCUUCAUUGCGCUCGUCGCGUUCGUCUGCCAGCCAGGCAUGCCGGACCGCCCGAACCCCCUCGCGAGGUGGUACCUCACCGACGAGGACUACGCGAUCGCGCGCCGCCGCGUCGCGCGCGUCAAGCGCAAGGCGCACAAGCCGCUGACCGUCAAGGCCUUCUUCGGCGCAUUCAAGUACUGGCAGCUGUGGGCCAUCGCGCUCUGCUGGGCGUACGGCUACAACACGGUCCCGUCGAGCUACUUCAACCUCUGGCUCAAGUCGCUCACCAAGGCCAACGGCGCGAAGAAGUACACGGUCGCCAUGCUCAACUACCUCACUGUCGCGGGUCAGUCGGUGUCGUUCCUGUCGCUGGUUGUGCUCCUCGGCCUGAGUGAUUACUUGGGCGUCCGCCUCCCCUCGCUGGCCCUCCACACCAUCCUGAACGUCUUCUCGCUCGUCAUCCUCAUCAUCCGGCCGAAGAACGAGCAGCUCCACAUGGCAGGCUACUUUAUCAACUAUGGCGGCCUCCCAGGCUACCUCCUGCCAUGCGCAUGGGCGGCAACGUACCUCGGCCACGUGCCCGACGUGCGUGCGGUCCUGUUCGCGACCGGCACAGUCAUCUCAUACAUCAACGUCGCUUUCAUCCCGCUCUGGGCGUACCCCGCCUCCCAGGCACCCAACUGGAAGGUCGGAGCCAAGUUCUACCUCGGCUCCAUGCUCGUCACGGCCGUGCUGUUUGUUGCCACCGCCUGGGGCCUCCGCUGGGAGGAGCGCAAGCGGCUCCGCGCCGAGGGCAAGGACGUGCCCAAGCCCAAGUGGUACGCCUUCCUCUGGACCUAG